AUGGAUCUGCCUGUGCUCCCCGUCGAGUGUUGGACCCUGAUAGCAGACAAGCUAUCGUCUCACAGUCUAAGCCGUCUGACACGCGCAUCCCAAUCACUGCAUGCUGUCCUCGGCCCCCGUCUCUACCGUUACAUCGACCUCAGCGUGCACAAUAUCUCUCCCACUAUCUCAGCGAAGGGCGAAGAGCACAUCGCACCAUGCCCGCCUAAACUCCUCGAUCGCCAGCGCGCCUUUACGCGCCUGUGA